UGCACAGCAUGCUGGGAGCUGUAGUCCCAACGCCGCGGCCUUGCGGGAGAAGAUGGCGGGCUUGGAGCUGCUCUCGGACCAGGGUUACCGGGUGGAUGGCAGGAAGCCGGCCGAGCUGAGGAAGAUACGGGCCCGCAUGGGCGUAUUCGCCCAGGCCGACGGCUCCGCUUACAUCGAGCAGGGCAACACCAAGGCGCUGGCCGUGGUGUACGGCCCGCAUGAGAUCCGCGGUGGGCGUAGCAAGGCCCUCCAUGACAAGGCUGCAGUCAACUGCCAGUACAGCAUGGCCACCUUCAGCACUGGCGAGAGGAAGAGGAGGCCUCAUGGUGACCGCAAGUCCACUGAGAUGACCCUGCACCUGAAGCAGACCUUUGAGGCUGCCAUCUUAACGCAGCUCUACCCGCGCUCCCAGAUCGACAUCUAUGUGCAGAUUCUGCAGGCAGACGGUGGUAACUACUGCGCCUGUGUGAAUGCGGCAACGUUGGCGGUGGUGGACGCAGGCAUCCCCAUGCGUGACUACGUGUGCGCCUGCUCCACGGGCUUUCUGGAGGACACACCGCUGACGGACCUCAGCUAUGUGGAGGAGUCGGCGGGAGGGCCGCAGGUGGCCCUGGCUCUGCUGCCCAAGUCCGAGCAGAUCGCCCUUCUGGAGAUGAACUCCCGCCUGCAUCAGGACCACCUGGAGAAGAUGGUGGACGCGGCGGUCAAGGCCUGCCGUGACGUCUACGCCGUGCUCGACCGUGUGGUCAGGGAGCACGUGCUGGAGGUCACCUCGCUGGCUGGGGAGUGACCCACCCGCACCGCACUACACGCAUCCGGGCAUGGGUGGCGCCCUCUGAUACCGAGCAUUGUCCGUGGAGACUAAACACCUGCAGAUGCUGGAAACCCGAGAUUAAAACCAAGACUGAAGCCUCAAACCUGCAGAUUCUGGAAAUCCGAGAUAAAUAACAAGUCUGAAGCCUUGGCUUCUUGUUGAAAUUAAAGACCUGCAGAGGCUGGGAACCUGUGAUUAAAAACAAAAUACAAAACCUCAGCUAUCUAAAAAUCAAAGAUCUGCAGACGUGAGAAAUCUGAGACAAAGUGCUCUGUGUGUGUGUCUCUCUCUCUCUCAGAUGAUGUCCGACCCUGCUGUACCAGUAUUUUCUGUUUUUCAUUUCAG